AUGGCUCCAUUUAGACAGGACAGUAUUUUGAUAAUAUACCCCAGAUCUCAAACUACUCUCGUUCAAUUUGGUUUGAAUGAGGAAACAUUUACUGUGCCUGAGUUGGAAAUACCAACACAGAUCUAUCGGACCACAAAUCAGGAUGGUUCCUACUCAUAUCAUUCAACCAACAAGGAUAAUGCAGGCGAGCUAAUCAACCCAAUUCAAAAUGGUAGCAUAAUAGAUAUAAACGCAUUUACGCAAUUCCUUAGACUAAUAUAUGUAUCUAUUUUGUCUGAUAGAGCUAAUAAAAACCAAGAUGCUUUUGAAGCUGAGUUAUCUAAUAUUCCUCUCCUACUAAUUACGCACCACUCCUGGUCACAAUCUGAUCUAGAGUUCAUUACUCAAUACGUCUUUGAAAUUUUAGAGAUAAACAAUCUGAUUCAGUUGCCGGCGUCUUUAGCAGCCACUUAUUCCAUGAUUUCGUUGCAAAACUGUUGUAUCAUUGAUGUUGGAACAUUUCAUACAGAUAUUAUUCCUAUUGUUGAUUAUGCACAACUAGACCAUCUCGUCUCUUCGAUACCAAUGGGUGGACAUUCUAUUAAUGAUUCUUUGAAAAAAUUGUUACCUCAAUGGGAUGAUGAUCAGAUAGAAUCAUUGAAAAAAUCUCCGAUUUUUGAAGUGCUCAGUGACGACGCCAAAAAACUAUCAAGUUUCGAUUUUGGAAACGAAAACGAGGAUGAGGAUGAAGGAACUUUAAACGUUGCCGAGAUUAUUACAAGUGGCCGUGAUACACGUGAAGUUUUAGAGGAAAGAGAACGUGGUCAAAAAGUCAAAAAUGUUAAAAAUAGCGAUUUAGAAUUCAAUACUUUUUGGGAUGAAAAGGGUAACGAAAUCAAAGUUGGCAAGCAGAGAUUCCAAGGUUGUAAUAGCCUGAUUAAGAAUAUUUCUAAUCGUGUGGGAUUGACGUUAGAUAGCAUAGAUGAUAUCAAUAAAGCUAAAGCUGUUUGGGAAAAUAUCAUCAUUGUGGGUGGUACUACGUCAAUUUCAGGGUUCAAAGAAGCUUUGUUGGGCCAACUUUUGAAAGACCAUUUAAUUACAGAACCAGAGGAAGAAAAGGUGAGAAGAGAGGAGGAAGCUAAAUCUGUACUACCAGCCGCAACAAAAAAAAAAAGCAAGUUCAUGACAAAUAGCACUGCAUUUGUUCCAACUAUAGAAUACGUACAGUGUCCUACAGUAGUCAAACUGGCUAAAUAUCCGGACUAUUUUCCUGAGUGGAAGAAAAGUGGAUAUGCAGAAGUUAUAUUCUUGGGCGCUCAAAUUGUUUCUAAGCAAAUCUUCACUCAUCCAAAAGACACAUUUUAUAUUACAAGAGAAAAGUAUAAUAUGAAAGGACCGGCGGCUCUUUGGGAUGUACAGUUUUAG